UGGGUUUAUGUUUGUUUGAUUCCGUUUUGAGGUGGUAUACGGAUCGUUUUUUUUUAAAAAAGUUCUUUACCCGCGGUGGAUCUUCUCUGUUUCUGGAGUAGCUCAAUUUAGUGCUGGCACUGAUAAUUGUGUUGAUUUUGUUUUAUUUUGCAUUAAAUUUGAAUAUGAGGAAACUGAGAUCGAGGUAGGAGUUGAGGUGCUCUUGGUGCUUGAGUUGGUGUAGUCCAGUCAACUUGUAUGAAAUUUGAAAGAGUUGGAUGGGUUGUUGGAACGGGACUUUGCAUCACAAGGCAAGGCUUCACUGCGGACAUAUGGAGUGGAAGAAUAAGACGAGGGAAAGAGAACAAGCAGGGUGUUGGGCCAAUUAGAGCUAUGGGGGAUGAGACAAUGUGGAUCACCGCUUCCAGUGCAGUUGCUCUGGUAGUAGCCCUCGCAGCUUUCGCUGCUCUCGGAGGGUACUUGCUUUCGAUGGGUGUGGACAACGAAGAGCGUGGUGAAGUGAGAGAUCUAUCAAAACAGUCGCCCUCUAUUUGAUUCUAGUUUGUUAUAGUUCAUGUGGUCUCCCGCUUGAGUACUCUUUGAUCUGCUACGACUUUUUAUGGUUUGAACUACUGUAUUAGUCCUGUUUGAAUGAAGACAUUAGUUUCCCUGUCAUAUUUUGAAUUAUGAAGUAGGUUUGCAUUACUUUGUUUCACUCUUAGAUAGAUCCAGAAUGCUGAAAGUGAUGAGGACAUCACUCGAGUCUUCAUUUCCGACUAUUUUUAAGUAUUCGUUCGUAGCUUGAUCCCGGGGAAGAUUGUUUGCUGAUUCAAGUGAAGGCAACUUCCUAGAUACCGAUCACAUCAUAUAUGCCUGGACUAAAGCUUAUGUCUUGAUGUUUAAAUUUUGGUGUCGAUGGUAUAGGUAGAGAAGAUCGAGAAGCUGAAAGAGCAAGGCGUGUACGAAAAUCCAGAGCGGACUCAAUAUGAAGACCAAGGGGUAACUACACGCACUCGGAAGCGUCGCAUCAGCAAGUACUAAAUGCAUUCUGUAUUGCCGCUUUAAUCGUAAUCUACUGGAAUUAUUUUCAAGUUUUAGUGCAGACUUUUCUUCCAUCUUGAGGUUGUUCCUAAGUUUUCCGCAACACAGGAUAGUCAUAUCGUUCAGUGCUUGUGUAACAACCUUUUGUAAAUGAAUGUGCUUCCAACACAUGAGAACCUUGCAUUACGGACAUAUCACUGGUAUUUUGUGUGGAUUCGACGAUACUGGUCAUGUCGUCUGAGAACUGCAGCAGUGAUUUUCUAUUGAUAUUGGUAGGCUACUGUUAUCAACUCCCAUUUUAACCUGUUUUGAUUGAACCUUUCAGAGAACAGCUUUUUUCUUUUGCUAACAUGAUAUCCGAAGUAGAAUACACACUAUCUACGUUGUUUUGUACUUGAGCCCAAUGAUUGCAGGCUCCUAUGUAUCCGUACCAAAAAUGAUGCUGUAUUUAAUCUACACCUACAUUCAUAACGAUCUCAAUUAGUCAUUGUAAUAGUUUUUCACAGAGAGAGCCAGGGUUGUUGAAGAGGUGCAGAACAUGAAGGAGUAUCUUUCAAGUAUGAAAGGGUGGGGGUGGAAGUCCCAUUGUGAAGGGGCAUAACCUGAAAGGGUAACAAUUCCGAGGAUGAAACACUAAAGACGCAGCUGAACAAUCGGUCAACUUCAACGUUUCUUCGCUUAAGCUCGCAUAGCGCACACCAAAUUUAUUUUCUGUUUUUAUCCACAUCGCAAUCCUACAAUUACUAUGUUCAUCUCUUGACAUAAAAUUUACAAGACCAGCUUGCGAGGGAGAAGCCAACGUAGCGAGGUAUGAAGGCAUUCAGCACAAUGGAUCUUACACGGCCCAGACAUUACGUUAUUCUCCCAGAUUAGAUCGCACAUGUACUCCACGAUGGAGCUCAUCUACCGAAACCCGGAACGAAAUUCGCAACGAUCCCAAAGGAACACAGCUCGGGAGAGCCAGAGCUGUCACAUUAGCCGUCGACAACAGCCUCAAAGGCAAUCUCAAAUUGCUCCAUGCCAAUCCCAAAAUCAGUGCUCAGCUUGAGAGAGUUUAUUGUGAGUGCAGAUUGAGGGGAAGCCGGACGUGCACUAUUAACUGCCCCUGUUCGACGAAGUGGAAGAGCUGUGGAAUCGAGUGCGAGUGCCAUGGUUUCUGCUGCAAUAGCUUCUUCUAUACGCCUCGAUUGAGCAUUCGCCUUGGAGAGGAGCUUUACACGAAGACUGAUCUAUCGCGGUACAGAAUUGCCUUCGUGAUUUGUGGUAGGAUUAUGACGGUGCCUGAAUAUUGGCGCUACCAUGAGAAGAUGAUCCAUCGAGCCGUGCGGCACUAUGGGUUCUCUGUUUCGUGGCCAGGGUUCGCCCAUGGCCUCCCUAGAAACCCUGAUCUGGAUAAAUAUGCAGUUGAUCCCUUUGAAGAUAUGACGGGCGCUGUCAACCAUAGCUGCGAACCGAACAUUAUCGUUGAAGCUUGCUGGGUGAACGGAAAAUUGUACGCUGUUGGGCGGGCGAUACGUAACAUCAUGGCCAAAGAGGCGCUCACUGUCGAUUACAACGUUUCGCUGCUGCAGGAACAGCAUGCCAUCACCGAGAAGGCGCUGCAGCAGCUCUAUGAAGAUCUCGCCGCAGCGGAGCUAGCGGGGGCCAAUUCAGUGGAGCUUGAAAUGCGGGUGAUUCGGAAGGAGAUUGAGAAUGGGAAACUAAAAGCCAACAUCGAGCUCAUGAUCACAGCCGUAGCACGAUUAAGGGCUUCUCUUUCUGAAGCAACGACUGCAAAUGAUGGGAAGGUGUCCGAAGUGAUGAAGUCCCUAUGCUCUUCAUUGGCAAAAUUCGUUCGAAGAAUUCGCACUCUCUUUUCUUGCAAGUCGAAAGGUGUCGAUGAGGAGCUGGCGAAGGGCACGAUUGAGAGUUGUGAGAGUUGUGAGACUAGUUCUGUGCUCAUGCCCAGCGCCAGAUCGGAGAACACUUCGAAUUUCGAUACUCCUCAGAGUCAGAGUGAUCCUCCUCCCGCUUCCACAGUGCCUCAGGUACCAAGCUUGAUGAAACCACCACGUCCAAGCUUCUUGUUUGGUUGAUGUUACCCACAACCAGCUUGCCAUCGAGAAAAAAAAUAAACAUGGGAUUGAAAAGGUGCGUCAACAUGGGGUUGAAAAGGUGUGUUUAGGGAUGGGCGGAAUCUCUACACGAGGCUUAGAGAUUCUACUGUCCAACAGAGAGUUCGCGCCACGGAAUUAUGUGGCUCCAAAGCAUACAAGCUAUCGAAGCUCUUAAGAGCAGGUUUUUUGUAUCUUAAGGAUACCCUGUGCAGAGUCAUGGUGGGAAAGCGUAGUACAUGGUGAUCAGAUACUGUCAUACUUGAAAGCAGAGAUCUGAAGCUGAAACGUAGAUAUGGCUGGCUAAUUUGAACGAUUAUCUGCUGCUCUCAAACGGCUACCGACUUCAGAGACACGAGCAAAGUGCAUUGUGCACAAAACGGAUGUAGUUGCCAAAAACCAGAGAAACUACACAAUCUCUGGAGGGGAAAUCUCUGCUGUGUUGAUCCAGGCAUGGCCUCAAAACUUGAUAUCUUCGCCCAACUGUGCAAGCUGGCAAUCAAGCUCUCAAGGUUUCUGCUGUCGGCACAACCAAUCCUCCUCUGAGGCAGUAGCCCUUGCAUUUGACUACAAGCGAGCAAUACAUGACAUGAAUUGAAGUCAUAAGUUCGGUGACCCACCAAUGUGCAGUGUUGGCAAGAUCAUGGACUUGAAGUCAUCUUUUUCACAUGAUUGUUGAGUUUUGGAGGUUCAAACUCUGCACAAACUGCACAAGCUUAGCCACUGGGUUACUACUGAUUCCAAUCCUCAUGCUGGUGUUGCUGCAUCCACAAGCCUUUUCUUCAAGCUUGAGAAUAAUACUUUGCCUGAUGGCUUGAAAUGUGAGGCAUUAGGCCACAGUGUCAAUCUAAUUCAGCUUCCCUGGCCACUAAUGGUUUCCAUGAGUCUUAAUGUGUGGACAGUGAUGGAUUAUCAAGAGCUACAUGUAACAUGGAACUUAACUAACACUACAUAUAUUAAUAAAAGGGUAAAAAUGAUUUUAUUGAUUAA